AUGGCAUUGAAGUUGGAUAUCAGUAAAGCCUAUGACUGUGUGGAGUGGCACUUUCUUCAACGGGUUAUGGAGAAGUUGGGGUUUCCAGUUGAUUGGAUAGAAAGGGUGAUGAGCUGUGUGACAACACCAUCCUUUUCUAUUCUGAUAAAUGGGAAACCCUAUGGAAUGAUCCAUCCAUCUAGAGGAAUCUGCCAGGGAGAUCCAUUAUCACCCUACCUAUUCUUAUUGUGUGUAGAAGGCUUUACUGCACUGUUGAAAAAAGCAAAAUUAGAAGGAUGGAUUAAGGGAGUUUCCAUUUACAGAGGGUCACCAAAGGUCACGAACCUUAUGUUUGCUGAUGACUCAUUGCUGUUUUGCCAGGCAACUUGGGCUGAAGGGGAAACCAUAGCAGAAAUCCUCCAAAUAUAUGAAAGAGCUUCUGGGCAGAGUAUAAAUUUGGAAAAGUCUUCAGCUUACUUCAGCAGCAACGCUUCAGAUAGCCAGAAGGGUCAGAUUUUGGAAGCUUUGGGAGUGAAGGAGGUUGACUAG